AAUGGGUGCUUGCAGUCUUCACAGACCAGAAAUGGAACCUUCUCUGGGACCCAUCAUAUCCACAUGCUGUGGAGGAAGCCAUUACCGCCAACCCGAAGAAAAACUUGACAAGAGUUCUCUACAAUGGAGGGUACCUGUAGUUCUCUAAGAUCACCGGCUUUAACCACAGUGCCCUCCUCUUUAUCUAGAAGUGGGUUCAUCGAUAAGCCAUUGCUGCAAGGUCAAGCGCUGAAAUUAUCUAAUAAGAAAACAUACCCAUUUGCUGGAAGGCUCAAAUUUCUUCACGUCAGAGCUCAAGCUUCGAGCACAAACAAUCUAAGCUUAGAGGCAGCUGCGGCAAUUCCAAAGAAGGAAGAUUUGAAAGACGAAGAUCUUGUAUUUGUUGCUGGUGCCACUGGAAGAGUUGGUUCAAGAACAGUGAGGGAGCUAUUGAAACUUGGAUUCCGUGUAAGAGCUGGAGUAAGGAGUUCUCAGAAAGGAAAAACUCUUGCCGAGAGUGUUAAACAGAUUAAGCUUGAUGAAGCUGUAGAAAAGCUUGAAACUGUGGUAUGUGACUUGGAGAAACCAGAUCAGAUUGGACCUGCAAUAGGUAAUGCAUCAAUAGUUAUUUGCUGCAUUGGUGCAAGUGAGAAGGAGAUUUUUGAUAUUACCGGACCAUAUCGAAUUGACUAUCUGGCUACCAAAAACUUGGUUGAAGCAGCAACUGUUGCAAAAGUCAAGCACUUUGUUCUGCUUACAUCCCUGGGAACCAACAAGAUUGGAUUUCCUGCUGCCAUUCUUAAUUUGUUUUGGGGAGUCCUAUUAUGGAAGAGGAAGGCAGAAGAAGCAUUGAUUGCCAGUGGUCUUCCUUAUACAAUAGUGAGACCUGGAGGCAUGGAGAGGCCUACAGAUGCUUUCAAGGAGACUCAUAAUACUACUCUUUCACCGGAAGAUACUUUAUUUGGUGGUCUAGUGUCAAACCUUCAGGUUGCAGAGCUCAUGGCAUGCAUAGCGAAAAAUCCCGAUCUUUCGUACUAUAAAGUGGUAGAAGUAGUUGCUGAGACAACUGCACCAUUGACUCCCCUGGAAGAUCUUCUAAAAGGAGUACCAUCUAAAGUUGCAAAUGCAUUUCCAGAGAAGGAAUAUGGUGCUGCACGCAUCAUCGAUCCACCACCUCAGAGUGUUUCAUCGGAACAGUCGAGCAUUUCCAAAGAGAAGGAACCGGCUGAAGCAAAUGUGAAAAAACAGUCAUCAUCACCCUAUAUCGUGUACGAGGAUUUAAAACCACCGACAUCUCCGACUCCAGCUGCACCUGUUGCUAAAACAGAUUUAAAUGUUGUUGGAGUCUCAGAGUCGGUACCUAGUGCUCAAACAAGUUCAGGAGAGGUGUCAGCUGAAAUUUCUGAGGCAAAUUCUCCACCUGCUCCUGUAUCGAGACCUCUCUCCCCUUAUGUUGCAUAUGAAGACUUAAAGCCCCCUACAUCACCAUCUCCUAGUGCACCUACCCUAUCGUUUUCCUCGACAUCUCUAGUGAACGGUCCACCUCAGCCAGCUUCGCAGAUUCCAGAGGCAGAAAACGCGAAGAGCGAAACACAUAAUCCCGAGCCAAAGAAGCAACCAUUGUCACCUUAUACCAUGUAUGAGGACUUGAAGCCUCCAGCAUCUCCAACACCCUCUCUUUGAAAAUCUUAAAGAAAGAGUAAUCAGUUUUCUGCUAGUUACCAUCUGGAGAGACAAACAACUGGAAUAUUGAGGGGUGAUACAACCCGAGUAUUAAUCUCUUUCAAUGUAAUAUUGCCAAUCCUUUGUCUGAAGAACAUCUGUUCCUUUUUCCUGUCCAGAUUCCAUGGACGACUACACUGUUGAAUGUGCUUUUGUAACCACAAAGUUGCUUACUUUGGCUGUAAUUUUUUACAAGUAUAUAUAUAUAUCAAAGUUGCGAUUUUGAUGGCAUUA